AUGGAGUUUCGCUUCCGAUAUAGCGUUACAGCUAUUGCAUCCACACCUAAAGGCAUCGCGGCAGCUUGUGGACCCGGAUUAGUGCACUGGUUUGAGCGAACCGAGGAGACCAAAUCCAUGUCUGGUGGCGGCGGAUUGACCUCCUCUAUGACUUCUUAUCUUGGUGCACUUGCAGGAGGGGUUCGCGAGUGCUAUCGACGUGUUAGAACCAUAAAUAUUCCUGUUGAUCCAAACGGUGGAGUGAUAGAAUCAAGUCUGGCGCACCAACAACUAAUCACUCACUUAGUUGUCAGCCCGUCUGAAGAUAUCCUAGUAGCAAGCAGUCAAGCUCAUCAGUUGUUUCAACAUAACUUAGCAUCAGCUGAGAUGGCUGCUGCUUCUAAGGGUUCCGGUGUAUUUCCUGGUUCGUCCAGGCCAGCUUUUACUGGUGAUAAGUCAAAUCUACCUAUUUCUCAGAAUGCUGAUGUCGAGCAGGCCACAUUUGACCCAGUAGCUCAGGCCUUCCAUCACGGUCAGAUUCUUGGAUUGGAUACAUGUAGUCGCAAACCGCUGAUCGUCACUUGCGCUGUCGACCGUUCUGUUAGAGUGUGGAACUUUGAGACCAAGUAA